AUGCCCGACCGGGUGGAGUUCACCGCCGAUUUGGCAUGGGAUGAAUUCCUGGCCAUCACGGAGGCCGACGCCUGCGCCGUGGGCUUCGGCAACCGUUACGUGGUGACGAUCCAGGAGGGGGACGUCCUGGUGGUGGAGAAGGACACGUGUAACAAUUUUCGCGCGGUGAGGGGCUUUUCUCACACCCCGGAGGGUGACGUGGUCACGCAGACGUCCGUGAGCGAGAAGGAGAUGGGAGGGGAGGAUGUUGAGUUCAUCGAGGCCUUCAUGGAGAGGCGGGAGUGCGCGGAUGGCGUGGGGAUCGUCGCGGAGGCGGCAGGGACCUCCUGCAGGCACCGCUACGUGAUGAGGCGCACAUUUCCGGAUCUGGGCCUCAAUUUGUCGCUCUUUGCGGGCAUGGAUUUGCCGGGCGUGGGGGGCAAGGCGCUUCCGGACGGCUAUUUUGGGGAAGUGGACUUUUCCGUGGAGGGGGGGGUGCUGGGCGUCACGUUCAUGUACGCGAAAUUCGUGACGGGGGAGGGGGGCCGCAAGGGGGAGAGCUACGCUCUGAGCAGCUGCGGGGAGAUACAGGAGAAGCCCGCAUUGCUGGAGGUUAUUCAGGGCGAGGUGGACUUCGACACGCUGAGAUACAGGUGGAGGGCUGAACAGCUGCCUGGUGACCCGACAAAAUGGCUGGGGGAGGGAGAAUGGCGAGGUUCCAGGUCCACUCUGGAGAUCGAGGGUAACACGAUGUGGUCAAGCGAGGGCGAAGCUGAAUGGAGGCCGCCGGACACGGAAGACAAUUCCAUGGCGCUGGUGCUGACUGCGGGCGAGGCGUACUUCUGGGGUCCACGAACUAUCGAGCCGUUGGGGAGCAGGGCCCCCAGGCCCACGCAGCUAGUGUUUCAGGCGGGCAAGCGCGUGUCCAAAACGCGUUUCCAGAGGGUGGAGUGGCGGUACAAUGGGGAGGGCCAUUGUACAAGAAUAGACCACGAGGUGUACAAUAGAAAGGGCUAG